AGCGGAUCAAGAUGUUGAGUUGUUAUUGAUGUUGAAGUUUUUCUGUCUGUGAAAUAUCGGAUCGCCGGUAAAAUUUUAACUUUUAGGUAGUAUCACAGAAGCAAUUGGAUCGGACAUGAUUUCAAGAAAAUGAAUGGUUGUAGGUAAUGGAGAGGUUCUGUCGUGUAAACGGAGUUUGAAUUCGUGGGACAAACGCACAUUCUUCGAAGCUGUGUACAUUAAGUUUUAUCAUCAGGCAAGUUUCAAGAAGCUGUAGGUUUACGAUAUUGUUUUUUCCCUGAAGGCGUCGUUGGAUUGUAGAAGACGUCAUCUUCGGUGAGCAAAAGUUCUUCUGAUAUAUUCUCUAGCCCUUAGUACGUGUAAACAAUUAGCCUAAUGCUCAACACUACAGCAAGUUUUAGUUGUCGAUGAUGAAAAUAUGUUCUUACAUAGUUGAACAAUGCUAACGUUUAGAUUGGAACUGGAAGGAAGGCUUUCAAAAAGUUGUUUUAUUCCCCAACAACACAAAUAUUUUGCUGUCUUAUGUAAGCUUUUUAAUACAACAUGUAGUCAAUCACAUCCUACAUGUACUUUGAUUAUUCAAACAGUCACGAUGAAAGCACGAGCACUUACAAUUAUAUCUUCUUACAUGUACAUGAAAAAGGAAAAGUUUGGAUUCCACAUUGCUUCUGAAGAUUUAAAUAUUUUGUGGAGUAGUAAAUUUCAGGAAUACUUUUGUAACAAAAAGCAAUUUGUUAAUUAAUAGAUACAAAAGAUGCAGUGUAACAGGGGAUGGGGAUGGUGGAUAGCCUUUCCUCUUUAUCUUUCUAUUCUAACACUAAAAACUCUCUGACCCUGUUAUAUUACAGUUGAGGAAGAAACUCCUGUAUGAUAUAGAUAGGGUGAUUUUUCUCCCACCUAGGGUCAUAAAUUGUAUAGCGUAGCCUCAAGUAGAGGGUUCAUAGUCAAGUCACUUAAAGUCAUCUUACCCAAAGUUAUAUCCUCUGACACCAGAGUUAUUGUCCAAAAUUUAUAGUUAAGUUGCCCGAAAUGCUGAAUUAUGUUGCCUCAAAAUAGGCAAGUUUCGUAUUCCCCGUUGGCCCUUGGACAAGGGACUUCUUAGCAUCAUUGCGAGACUAAUGCAUGUCAACUUCUUGACAAAAACAAAAACAAACAUACCAUAGGUAAAUUGCAGCUGAGUUGCUAGGAAAUGAUAGAAGUCAUGAAAAGAGUAAGAUGUCAAGCUUGAACUUCACCAGUGAGCUAAAGGGAUAUCCAUUUCAAACAACAGAACUGAAGGAAGAGCUGGUUGCACUAACACGGAAAUGGGAUGAAACGAUGGAGCCAAAAGAAGAAGUAAACUCUUUAAGCUUGAAAAUGGUUAAAUUAAUUGUUAAAAUGAUAAUAUUCCAUUCCCUCUUUUUUCAAACCUCUUAUUAUUCUACUUUACUCUUGUGUACGUCUCUAAAAUGGAGUUUAAACUACUCAGGAUAUCCUCUGUAUAUAAUUCUGUGUUCUUAUUGAGUGAAAUUUGCAUACUUCAUUUUUCUACAUGUCAUUGUGACUGAAUAUUUUGAUACUUGUAAUGUAGCUAAAUGUUUUAAAUUAGACUGUCUUGUACCUUGGAAGUCAUCUUUGUUCAAAUGAAAGUUAUCCUAAGAGAAGUUAAUGAUCACUGAAAAUGAUAUUAAAAUGGCUCCAGGGUAUUACCUUGUUUAAGAAUUUUGAGACCAUCUUCACAUUUUAUUGAACUCACUCACUAACACUCUUUCGGUCAAUUUCUGGUUAGGCUUUUUGUUUUUCUUAGUGAUGACAAGCUGAUUUUCCUUUUGUUGUUUGAUUAAAAACAAUGAUUUCUCAAGCCUAUAAGUAUUAGUUUUGAGGCCCCUGAAACCUUUCAACAUUUAAGAUUUUCCUUUUUUGCUGGGAAUGCAGCCACAGUUAACUACUCGUGUUUGUUUGUCUUCUUGGUAAUAAGUGACCAGCAUUAGCCUUGCUUUCACUCGAAACAAGCACUCAUCCUAAGCCAAAAUGUUUCUAUUUAUCAUGCUCAACAACAUCCUAACACCUUUAUCAAGCAUAUGUUGUCUCAUCAAAUCUUAAUGAACAAGGUAUAUUACUCACUGACUGCGCUUUUUUUGUUUCAUCAAGACUUAAAGAACGAGGUACAUUACACAUUCUGGUUUGUUUUGUCUGAUCAUUGUUGCAAAAAAGAAAUAUGUUACAAAAUUAUGCUGCUUGUUUUGUCUCAUUAUCACUGAAACAGGGAGAUACAUUACACAUUAAUCUUUCUUGUUUUCAACAUAACUUUACAUUUUGGGCAACUUAACAAAAAAUUUUGGGUAACAUAACUCUGGUUUUGGACGAAAUAACUUUGGACGAGAUGAUCUUUGGGUGACUUGGUUACCAUUCAGAGAGGGAUUACUGUUUCAUAGGUUAGAACUAUUUUAUGGUGGACAAUAAAAUUUUGGUACAGCUACCGAAGGACUUUAGGACACAUUUUUUGUAGAAGCAUGAAAACAUCGAAACAUGUGCUCUGGCUAAAUCUUUAAAAAGAGUAAUCAUUUUUAACAUAGGCGAAAGCUGUCAUUAAGGGCUGAACCAGUAUAACACUUGUUACGGCUGAGCUCACUUGAUGUUAUGGGUGAUAGUGGAAAGCUAAAGGUGGCACUUUAAAUUUUUGUCAGAUGUUACAGGUCAAUCUUCAUUUGCUAUGGCUGCUUCAAAAAAACAAAAAUUCGUUUUAUUUGAGUGUCAAUUUAUUUAGCAUGAAAGUGCUAAUUGGUGACACUAUUUUUGCAUCUCCUACUGGAGACGGGACCGCCAUUUUACGUGAUCAUCCAAGCUUCGCAAAGGUCUAGCCAUUUGCAGGGCAUGAGCAAAGGCAAUACCUUCAUUUCUCAGUUAUUUUAAGACCCUGAGUAUUGUUCUGGUCCCAGGAAUCAAACCCGUGACCUCCCGCCCCGCAGUCAAGCCCUCUACCGACUGGGCUUAUUCUGCGCUUCAAAACUUAAUGAGAGCCCUGAUAGGGUUUCAUUAGCCUGUGCCACAGACAGAACUAAACUUUCUGGUUAGGUCUGUCUGCAAAACAGAGUUUAAAUUAAGGACACAGGCUAGGGUUUCAUCUUAAACAUUAAUGUCCACCAGAUUUCUGAAAUAACUGAUUGUUAGCAUAUAUAUAUAAUUCCAAAGUAUUGCUAUCUCAAUCUGUCUAUUUUUCGGGAUACAGUGUAGGACUAGCUUUACACUCUGUAAAAAAAAAGAGUCCUCUUCAUCCUGCGGCAUAAUGUAUGCCUUUUUUUCUUUAGGUAUCUUGUUAAUAUUUUGUUGCAUCUGCAAUAUCUUUUUUUACCUUACCAGUAACCAAUCACAGUAUGGAAACAAGCCCUCAGCCACAAGGUGAAGAAAAGAUAGUGAUCCCACCAUACAGGAGCCCGGAAUGUCAUAACAAGUCGUUCCAAGUUAUGAACACUUUACGUGAACAGAAUCAACUUUGUGAUGUGUUGUUGAAGGCUGCAGAUAAUGAGAUUCCUGCACAUAGAGUUGUUCUGGCAUCUUCUAGUCCUUAUUUUUUUGCAAUGUUCACUGGAGAACUUUCAGAGAGUAGACAGACAGUUGUAACUAUGCGUGAGAUUGACAGCCACGCUCUUGAGCUAUUGGUACAGUAUGUGUAUACUGCAGAGAUAGAGGUUACAGAAGACAAUGUUCAGGUGACAUAUUUUUAAUUGCAUUCUUUUUAGGAGUUAAAUUUUUUUAACUUCAUAUCAUGGGUGACAAUAGCCUGCACCAGAGAUGAAGCUAAACUCUGUUAAAUCUAUCUGCAAAACAGUGCUGAAAUCCUUGUUCUGGGCCCUCACCUGUGUAUCAGGAUUUGAGUUGACACAAUGAAUGGCCUACUAAAAAAGCCAUGGCAUCAUUGAUUUACCAGUCAGGAUGAAAUGAAAUUUGAAACCCAAUUUUGGUAAUUUGUUGAGUUCAUUGGGGUGCUGAACAAAGACCUCUGUGCUACUUCGCAGACAUUACUAACUGAGGUCUGCAAUGUAGGCAAGGGUGACAAAUGUUGAAACCCAUGAUGCAUCAAUUUAUAAUUCAAUAUGUGAAAUUACAAUCUUGCUAGAAACAGAAGCAUAUAUGUUUCUAGCUCUUAGAUAAUGUUACCAAUCCACUUUUUAUAUAUUUACUGUACUCCUUUUUGUUUGUAAUCAUAUUUUUUGUAAUUAUCUUUGAAAAGCCUUGUUUAAGGAAAGAUAAUAAAAGAUAUAUAUGUAAGUAUGCUUUUGCAGCUUUUCCUACAGUAUGUAUUUUCUUAUGAUAGCUAUUGUCUUACUCAUUUCUUUAUUUCUCUCUAGGUCCUACUUCCUGCUGCCAAUCUUCUUCAGCUAACAGAUGUGCGAGAUGCUUGCUGUGAUUUCCUUAAAGCUCAGCUUCAUUCUACAAACUGUUUAGGAAUCAGGGCAUUUGCCGAUAUGCAUUCUUGUGGUGACUUAAUGGCUGCAGCUCAUUCCUUUGCAGAGAAACACUUCAGUGAAGUUAUUGUGGCGGAUGAAUUCCUGGGCUUACCAGGAUUGCAAGUACAGGAGCUUAUUUCCAGUGAUCAGCUUACAGUUCCUUCAGAAGAGAAGGUAUAACAUGGUUUAUCGCCAUCUAAACAAUAUUGUCAGUAAUAACCAUUUUUAUAUUCGCGGAUACAUCAACUGCAGGCAAAUUGAAGCGAAUCCUUAGCCUACAAAGCAGGAGUACAUGUAUUUUGCAGUGCGCACGAUGUUUUCCCAGUAUGCUGCCACGUGGAUGUUUAAACUGACAGAGAGUUGGGGCGAGUCAAAAAUGAUUCCAAGGGAGAGUCUGACGGGUUAAAAUAGAGGAGGGGAGGGGGGAAGGAGAGGGAAAAAAUCCCCUUCUCUCCCCGUCCUCCCCCUUGUUCGCCCCCCUCGGUUUUUUAAUUUCUUUCAAGAUGGCGGCCGCAAUCAAUGUAUCCCUGAGCUUUCAGUUAAAAAAAGCGAGCUCUGCAGGCUAGCGAAUCCUGUGCUCUGAUUGGGCCCAUCUUGCCUCGCUCGGGAUUUCCCGCGUUAGUCCGGCAAGAAAAAGUUCUCUUUUUGGCCAUAUGGUAAAUCCUUUCUUACCAUGUUCGGUGUUUAUUUUUACGAUUUAACCACAGCAGUGAAGUAAGUGUUUUAGUAAAAUAUUUUUAUCAAAGCCUGUGCCGCUGUUUCUCUUGAAGAGUGGGAUUCCCCUGGCUUGUAACUGCCAGAGCUAUAAGUGAUGUUAAUCAAUUAAUUUUCUUUUUAAAAAUUUCCAGGUAUUUGAGGCAGUAGUUGCUUGGGUCAAUCAUGACCCUGAACACAGACAAGACUGUCUGGCACAGUUGAUGGAGCAUGUGCGGCUUCCUCUCCUGUCACGUGAAUACCUUGUGAGCCGCGUGGAAACAGAAGCGCUCGUCAAAAAUAACAACAUGUGCAAAGAUUUCUUGAUCGAGGCUAUGAAGUAUCACUUGCUCACAAAUGACCAGCGGUCUUCGGUGCAGUCACCCAGAACGCGCCCCAGGACUCCGAUUGGCUUACCCAAAGUUAUGUACGUUGUGGGAGGCCAGGCACCUAAAGCAAUUCGAAGGUAAUUUGUACAGUUUCCGACCCUGUUCUGCGUGAACCGACCUAGCCUGACAAAACAGCUGACAUUUCGCAACGCCAAUUCUGGUUUCCCCGCAAAAAAGACGUCUGAAAAAGGAGCGCAGAAUCUCGAUCCUGAUUGGUCGUGCCUUGUGGGAAAUUUGCUUCAGCUAAUCUAAAGCAGUACCCAGAUCUGGGUAGUGACAGGUCAGCAGUAUGGAAAUUUUGCGUUCGUUUCGCGGGUUGCCUGCGUGCAGACCUCUCCUAUUUCCUUUGUUGCACGCGGAAAAGGGACGUCUGCGUAACGCCGUCGCUAAUCGUGUUCCAGCGUCCCGCUGGCAGGGUAUUCUAUUUCGCAUAAAUUGUGAAAUAAUAUCCGAUUAGAAAGAAGAGUUGACAGGCCAAACAAAACAUCAACUCGUGAUACGGGCGAAACGUGACCUUGAGAGUCUGCUUGAAGAGAGGUUUUUCUUCUUUUCUCUCUCGCGCGAAGAUUACUAGCACUACACAGUGCAUGUAGCAUUCUAACCUUUGACUGAGUAAAUCUCAUUUUUGCCGCGCUAAGUCUUCCAUUUAGAGGUCAUGAAGCAGGUUUGUUACAUGCAUACUGAGUAAUCAUUUCCUGUGGUUGCUUCUGUGGGUGUUCCCGAUAGGAUUUGAUUUCAGAUGCAGUUGUAAAGUGUUUAAAUUUUCUUGACCUCUGUUUCUUACAGCUAAAUAAAGAUUUUAGUUUCUUUGGCUGGCUUUCUCCGCAAUGCCUGCCUGGUGCGAAGUCCACGCCGCUUUUUUAGUUUUCUCAGACAUUGUUUACAAAUAUGAUGUGAUGUGUCAUGCACAGUAAAUUGUAAAGAAAUAAUUUCCUCGAACACGUUAAAUUUUCCGGGUCCCCGCACAAGAUUUCGAUCGCUCUGCUUUUCGAUCGACGAAAAACACAGCACACAAUCGCACAUGUUUUGAUUUGUUUUGGUUAGAAAACCCCGCUUACAUAGAUUAUUUAAAUCACCGCAUACAUUAUCAGACCACAUUCGAUAACAACCAAUCAGCGUUAAGUCAAACAAUGCGCACUGUGUGUCAGCCUAUCACAGCGUGUUCCCAAGAUCUUGGGAACCCAGCGGGACGCUGGAACACGAUUAGCGACGGCGUUACGCAGACGUCCCUUUUCCGCGUGCAACAAAGGAAAUAGGAGACGUCUGCACGCAGGCAAUUUCGCGGGGAAAUUAUUGGUGGCGCGAAAUGUCGACUGUUUAAACCUUUUUCUUACCGUUACGUGUAAUUCAAGCUUUUUAGAAUCAAAGCAGGGAGAAUGUUUCGUUUGAAUUCAGAGUAGUGCAAGAAAUUGCUCGCAACAAAAUUCAGUCGUAUUUAGUAUUUCCUUCCCGCUAGGGCUAGAAUUCAUCGGAAAAAAAUUACAGUCACAGUCGAAAUUUGGCACAGGUAUAAGACUGGCUUUGCCAUACAAAACAAAAGGUAUAUUUGAUGAUAGCGUUUGUUUCGCACCAGCGAGUGUCUGCUGAAAAAAGAAAAAGAAUAAAAAUGAUCGUAAAUGUGCGUCGUUUUCUGGUCUGCCAGUAAAGUAGAAUUAAUUUAGUAUGCGAAAUUGGCAAUUUUCUGCGGAGAAGGUAGACUAAAUUAUUUUAACUGUGAAACGUCUCAAGAAGCUUUGUCUUAGGGUGGACCUAUUUUAUUUUUUAUAUAUUAAAUUAAAAGAAAUUUUAGGCCUUUCAUACGGAAGAAAUUUUAGUCCGUUCGACGUUAGUGGGUUUCACUGUAAAUUUAUCGUAGAAUUUUAUAAUUUACUUUUACUGUGUUAUGAACUUACUUCUGUAUCUUUUUAUUUUUCUAGUGUGGAAUGUUACGAUUUCAAAGGCGAGCAUUGGUACGCUGUUGCUGAAAUGAACUCUCGCCGUUGCCGCGCCGGUGUGGCCGUUUUAGACGGUCUGGUGUACGCCGUAGGCGGCUUCAACGGUUCACUUCGUGUUCGGACCGUAGACUGUUACGACCCCGUCAAAGAUCAAUGGCGUCCUGUGGCAUCUAUGGAAGCGCGUCGUAGCACGUUAGGCGCCGCUGUGAUGAACGGAUUAUUGUACGCCAUAGGCGGGUUUGAUGGCACGACAGGACUCAACACGUGUGAGGUAUAUGAUCCGAAGCUUAACGAGUGGCGCUCGAUCUGCUCGAUGAGUACCCGACGAAGCAGCGUCGGAGUCGGCGUCCUGAAUAACAUGCUUUUCGCUGUCGGCGGUUACGAUGGCGCUUCAAGACAUUGUCUUAGUUCGGUCGAGUGUUACAAUCCGAAUACAAACGAGUGGAGUUUAAUGGCAGAAAUGAGCACGCGCCGAAGCGGCGCUGGUGUAGGUGUGGCAGAUGGACUCUUGUACGCUAUUGGUGGACACGACGGGCCGCACGUGCGAAAAAGCGUGGAAUGUUUUAACCCGGAUGUGAACCAAUGGCGCCCUGUAGCGGACAUGAGCAUGUGUCGAAGGAACGCAGGGGUAGCUUCAGUGAAUGGCUUGUUGUUUGUUGUAGGGGGAGACGAUGGAUCUAGUAACCUGUUUUCAGUUGAAGUUUAUAAUCCUCGGACAGACCAGUGGGGAUUACUUCCAACGUUUAUGACAAUAGGACGAAGCUAUGCUGGCGUGGCCGUCAUAGACAGGCCCAACACUUGACCCGCGGUUUCUGUCUAGAUUUUUGACUAGUAAUAUAUGGCUUUCAUUGUGGUUAAAUUAUUAACAGCAUCUCAAGAAAGGUUUGCUAAGACCUUUCAGUUGACUCUGACAAUUUAAAGUCUGAUCCACAAUAGGAAACUGAGUUACGACUACGCAUAUUGAAGAGUUACAACGGAAUGGAAAGGUUGUGUUAUGCAUUUGACGUUUUGGGCGUCCUCUGAGUAUCCACAGUUCAGUGGUUUCGGUAUUCGAUUACUCGCACUACGGAGCUUAGCCGUGACAGAAAAAACAACGAAGAGAAGCAAUAGGUUUACUAAGGGUAAAGAAUUCUCUCGUGUAUUUUAUACGUUUCUGCAUUUUGAUUCAGUUCAUUUCUGUUCGCUGCAAGCGUGCAACGUCAAAUCGGAUCAAAAAUUAGGAGGUUUAUUAUUUGCACAACGUGAACAUUUCUCUGUUGCACCCGAAAAAGGCAUUUGGUUGGAUCACUUGCUUUGUACCCAAACUUCGUAGAGUCCUGCCCCCAAUUUAAUUUCGUAAUCAGUUUAUACACUUUAGGCUGUUGUCUUAAAAGCCAGUUCUGGUAAAUUAGCUCAAUGGUAAACCUUUUUGUUUGAGUGAAAAGGUGACACUUACAGAAAUUUUAGC